AAAAGUCAGUGUUUUCUAUUAGACGAAGCUGCGUAGAAUAACAGACACUCAGAUGUGGACAAAUGCUGGGUAUUUUAGCAACAUUUUGAGUACUAAAAAUUACAAUAAAAUUACAAAAUAAGCCCACUCCGUCGAAAAGAGCGCGAGCGCGGUGUGAGUGACAGCCGUAAGAACAGCGGUAUGCGUGACUGACGCUCAGCUCAGAUGGACAGGAUCCAGUGCUUUUGACAAGUCAGGACACCACAUGCGGCCACUGUGAUUCCUUCAAGUUUUUUAAUUGACAGCAGACAAGAACUUGACGCGAAGAACGGAGGACAGCAAGCACGAUGAACACCAGUGACGCCAAAGAAUACCUCGCCAAACGAGAGAUCCCGCAGCUGUUUGAGAGCAUGCUGACGGGUCUGAUGUACCACCGCCCCGAGGAUCCGCUCGCCUUCCUGGAGAGCUGCCUGCAGAAAGCGCGGGAGCUGGGCGGGCCUGAACGCGUGCCCUGGGACGCCUUCAUCACCCCCGACCGACGGCCACUGCCCCCUAUUGGCGUGGGGCAGGGGAAGAAAGCCACCUUCCGGCCUGAGCCGGGCCCGGGGCCGGGGCCGGGGCCGUACCGCAGGUACGAGCGGCUGCCCCCGAUCCAGGCUCAGUACUCCAUAGAGAGUGACUCUGACAUGACCGAGACCUCCGGGCUGAUCCAGGAGUACGACGUCUUCGAUCCCUCCAAGCCACGCCCUCACAUCAUCUUUGUCAUUGGGGGACCAGGAAGUGGGAAGGGGACCCAGACCACUAAGAUGGCAGGUCACUACGGUUACGAGUGCGUGUCGGUGGGCGAGAUCCUGCGGAACCAGCUGCUCCACCACGCCCCCAGCGACAGGAAGUGGGAGCUCAUUGCCCAGAUCAUAGCCAAUGGGGAGCUGGCACCACAGGAGACCACCAUUGAGGAGCUGAAGCAACAGUUUAUAAAGAAGCAGGAUGCCCGGGGCUUUAUUGUCGAUGGAUUCCCUCGGGAGAUAUCCCAAGCCUUCACCUUUGAGGAGCAGAUUGGCUCCCCAGACCUGGUUGUCCUGCUGGCCUGCUCCAAUCAGCAGCUCCGACAGCGUCUGGAGAAGAGGGCGGCCCAGCAGGGUCGCCCUGACGACAACACCCAUGCCAUCGAGAGACGACUGGAGACCUUCAAGCAGAACAUCAGCUUGAUUGCCAAGUACUACCAGGAGAGGGCACUUAUCGUCCGGAUUGAUGCCGAUCGAGACGAGGACGACAUAUUCAGAGACAUCAGCUCUGUGGUGAAUGACAGACUGUUCCCCAAGGUACUUCAGGCAGAGGGAUUCUCUGAGCCAGAACUUCUCCCAGAAUACCUUGAGGAAGCAGGGGCGUUGUGUUCCAGGGGAGAGUUAGGGGGACUUCUCUUCACGCAGCAGAUCACCAUGGCAGAGGAACUGAAGAACCACAAGAUAAUCUUUGUUGUGGGCGGACCUGGCGCUGGGAAGGGCACACAGUGUAGGAAAAUUGUGGCCAACUAUGGCUACACUCACCUGUCCACAGGUGACCUUCUGCGUGCUGAGGUCAAGUCUGGGUCCGCGAAGGGCAAGGAGCUGGCAGCCAUCAUGGAAAAGGGACAAUUGGUCCCCCUGAAAACCGUUUUGGAGAUGCUUAGGCUUGCUAUGAUCGAGAAGGCUGGUGCCUCCAGUAGCUUUCUGAUCGACGGAUAUCCCAGAAAUGUCACACAAGGAAAGGAAUUUGAAAAAGAGGUUGGAGAGCCUACCCUUUUGCUGUACAUUGACGUAACCAAGGAGACCAUGAUUGAGAGGCUGUUGAAUCGGGCGAAGACGAGCGGCCGUACCGAUGACAACUAUGACACGAUCAAGAAACGGGUGGAGCUCUUCUACGAAAAAACGGAGCCCGUCCUCGACCACUAUAAAGACAAGGGCAUCGUCUGUAAGGUUGCUGGUGACGGUACGAUAGAGGAGGUGUUUGAGAAUGUGGCCAAAUUCAUGAACUCCCUCAAGUAAAGCUAACACCGCUGGAAAAAAAAGACUGAUUCCCUGUCAUCUUUCAACACCUUUUUCCAGUUGAAAAACAAAUAAAAAUGUCCUGCAUCAUCAAAACAAAA